UGCGUGGUUCGGGCAGGGAGCGUGCCGGCCAUGGUCUCCGCCGCCGUUGCCACUGCCGAGACUUCUGGUGGUAGGGGCUGCCUCUGCACUGGGAGGGUGCUUAGCCACGGGUGGGCCUUCAUGUGCACGGACACGGGCGUGCUGGCCUGGGAACAGGGCAUGGUGGCCGCGGAGAGGCCGGGGGCGGCGGUCCGCGCCGACCAGGUCUGCCUUCGGUUCGAACACCCUGCCAUGAUGCACGAGCUGGCUUUGAUGGCACCGUUGGGAGGCAAGAUCGCGGUCGGUUUUUGUGAAUUGUUGAGUGGGAUGUCCGCAACUCUUGGGAUGCGCGUGUCUAAGGCUUCCGGGCGAGGCGCGCUCGACCACUUCCGUGCUGGGGCGCGGGUUUUCCAAAAUCAGGAGGAUGGGGGCAUCCCCGCCCGCGUCGUGCGACUCACCACGGACAUCCUCGAGGUCUGGAGCGUCGGCGGUGGGGGCGGGACGCCAUGUCUCGAGGUGUGUCACCCCCUGGCAAGCCAGAUCCAGAGGGCGCUGGGGGUCAGGCAGGCGUGUCUGCUGGACGUGGCGGUGACCGGGGCUCCGACGACCGUGUCCCCUUCCCCCGCGAGCGGUGAGGCGUCUGCGUCGCCCCCGGUGGUGAGCUGGGGGUUGGAGUUGCUGGUUCUGGCGGCGGCGGGGGCGGCCGGAGGAAGCGGGAGGUAUGGGGACGGGGGAGCCGAGGGCGGCGGCGGCGACGGCAGGGAGUUGUCCGUCCAUGCCGUGAGGGUGUCGUCCGGGGAGGCGUCUUGGGUGGGGAGCUCGGUUUCCGUCCAGGUCAUCUCGUCCCACCACGUCACCACCACUUCCGCAACAGCAACAGCAGAAGCAGUAGCAGCGGCCCGCAGGGGGCGACAACCCGCCUUCCCCGCGGCCGCGCCUAACCCUCCGGCACCAGCCUCCCUAGGCCCCGGCUGCCGCCGCGCGACUCUCGUGGCCGAUAACGAGCAGGCAUUUUCCACCGGGGACGGCACAAGAGUUGGUGGCGGCGGCGGCGGCAUCGUUGCACACGUGUUCUGGCCCUCAUCGCCUUCUCCCGAUGUGUCUGUCGAGGGAGGGGGGACGGCGACCGCGCAGGUGUGGAGUGUGUGCGUCAAGGCUUGGGGCGGAGACGGCGCGAGCGGCGGCGGCGGCGGCGGAGAGGAGGUCGUUGAGUGGGAGGAGCGCGGGUCGGUGACGGUGUCCAGCAGGGCGGCUCUCUCGGGCGGCUGCGUCGGUGGAGGUGGGGCCCUGCUCGGCUGCCCCGGCGUGGUGCUUCUGUCCCGCCAGGGGCAGGCCGUGUGGGUGGCUCCCCGGCACACAGAGUCGCCGGCGGCGGCGGCUGCGGCUGGUCUGGCAGUGGACCUCGGGCCGUGUCCGGAGGUGUUUGCGUCGAUCCCCGGUAACGACACCAGCGAGGAGUGGAAGAUGGCGUUGGUUGAGGGAGGGCUGAGAGCUUUCGAGGAGGGAAAGACCAUGGACCCGACAAGGUUGGCGAUGGGGUCGCUGUUGGGCCGCGCUGCCCAGGAGACCGGCCGCGGGGCCAUGGCUUCGACGGAGAACAUCGACUCGGCGAUCGUUCGGGCCGGGCUGGAGGUUCUCAACGGCUCCUGGCGGCACCCUUCGGCCUUUGCGUCGCCGCACCAGCUCGUUCACCUUGCUCUCCGGGAGAAGGCACGCCGGCAGCGCGCGCUGGUGCGGGUCCUGAUGGACGCCGGGGCGUGGGGGGCGUUGUCGGUCGGUCGGGCGGCACUCUCGGAGUGCGGGGAGAAGGUCGCCGCGGCGUCCAGGCUCUGCGAACUGCAGGACUCGAUCUCGCGCAAGCACGUCGGCGCGAAGGCGGCUGGUCUGCUGGAAGACUGUGUCAAGUUCUCCUUGCGGAACAGGGAAGCGAGGUCGGGAGCGGCGGCGGCGGUGGCCGUUACGUCGGAACGGGACCGGUACUUCGAGCACACGCAGGGAGUGUUGGACGCCUUCGUGGAACUCCAUACACCCAGGCUGGACGAGGUCGCCCCUUCUUCUUCUAUCGACGGCGCCUCGCGGACGCCCCUGGCGAAAGCGCUGCUGUUCGACUCUUCCCUGGAGGAGGGGGACAGGCUUCCCUUGCUUGACCACGUAUCGGUGGUCAUCGCCGGCGUCUUCGAAGCGGCUCUCAGGCACCGCGCGUCGGAGCGAAGCGUCUACCGCUCCGGGCUAAGAGGCAAGCUGUGGACGGCGUCUAGCGAAGCCAGGCUUGUCCUCUUCCGGCAGCUUCUGGCUUACAACGGGAGCAUCGACGGAAUCUGCCUGCAGGGUCCCGGGGCGGCGGGUGGCGGCGGCGGCGGCGGCGGCGGCGUCUCCAGAGAGGCAACCAGCGGGGUGAUCGAGCGGCUUUCCGUGCUGCUGCUCGACGGUUUCAAGGAAGAGAAGGACGCAAAUCCCGCCGCUUCGGGUCGAGUGGAGUGGGAGAAGGAAUACACAAAUUCGAAGAAGCUGUGCGUGGAGGUCGUGGCCGCGUGCGGGCGCGAGGACCUCGCCCUCGAGCUGGCCGAUAUACACGGGUACCCGGAGGGCACCGUAGCGAUCUGCCACAAAGCCGAAGGGCGCAAGCCCGGGUGCCGGAACGGCCACCGACUGCUUCGGCAGAGGAUGGAAGGCCCAAGAAGAAGGUUUGAGGGAAGAGGGCAGGAGGAAGAAGGCAAGGCCGCUGACGGCGGCGGCGUCGAGUCCAGGGAAUCUAGGGCUGAGAGGCAGACAUUCGCGCGCUUCGUUCUCGACUGGCACCUCCGGCACGGUUACAAGACUGCCCUGCUCCAAGUCGGGGAGGUGGUUCCGGACAUGCUGUGCGAGUUCCUGGCGGACUGGAAGGAGGCCGAGCUACUUUGGAUUUUCCAGGCACGUAGUAUUCGCCGCGGAGAUUACACCGGCGCAAGGAGGGCCCUGGCGCGGGGAUCGCCGCCGGCCAAUCAGAAGGGCGGCAAGUGCGAGGCCCAGCACCUUUGGCUGAGCCUGGCCAAGCUGGCCAACCUAGCUGGCGGCAGCGGCGACGACGGGCCCAACGCCUCCUCUGACCCGGUUACGGUUGACCUCGUCCGAGGAGGCGAGAUUCAGCGUCGCCUGGAGCUGGCCGAGGUCCGCGAGAAGCUGAUUGAGUCUCUGCCGGCUAAUGAUGCGAUGGACGCCAUGAUCAACGGCGACGAGCCCUGGGGUUGGAAGGAUGCCCUCGAGGAAUCGACCAGCCAGCUCAACUCUCUGUGGCAAGGGGGGCCCGCAGAAGAAUCGGAGGAGGGGGGUGUCGCGGGUGUGUUGAGCGUCGUCCGGGCGGCAGACAUCGCCUUCCAGGGGUACCGGGCCCUCGUCGCGGGCCUUCCGGAGCAAUCGUACCUGCACGCCGACUCCCUGUGGCGGGAGGUGAUAGGGCUCACACUGACCGACCCACACGUGAAGGAGGCCGUUGCGAAGGGAGCCAUGCCGUCCGCGUCAGAGGACCGCACCGCGGUGUCGGAUCGAGAGAUGGAGGCGAGCCGUGUGGAAGCGGCCAACCGCGCUCCACCUGCUGCUGCGGGCGAUCCAGAAGGACCGACGGCUGCGCAGAGGCGCGCAGUGGGCGGGCGGCGGUGGUGACGGCGGCGGUGAGGAGAAGGAGGAGGAGGGAAAGUUAGACCUUACGGACGAAUCUCUGUCGUCAACGGUGCGCGAGCUCAUGCCAGCGGCCGCGGACGGGGGGGGGGCACCGUGUGAGGCUUGGAUCGCCGCGAUCCGCAAGUGCCCCUGGUGAUUUCCGUACUCGGGGAUUGCCUGAUUUGGCCAUUUCGGGCGGGACUACGAAGACUGGGAGCACAGUAGCAGGGUUGGCGAAGAGGUUGCUCUUUCGAUCGGUGAUGGUACUUGAUUGAGGAUGGUGGGAGGACGUGAUGCCAGUUGACAUGCGGGAGAGCGGCUUCUGGGUGUGACGGCGCUCUAAACGAGUCCUAGCUGCUAUAGACUGAACAGCCAGCUGCCGGGAGUCGAACGUUCGUAAUAGCAAUUGUUCGUUCCAAAGCGCCCAAGACCGAUUGCUUGACCAAGGGCUUGAGUGGGACCUCAACGCCAAAACAGUUGUUGACAGCCGAUCACAGGACGACAGCCGAAACACGCAAAAGGAAUCUCUCACAUGUGAACUU